AUGUCUUUACGGCCCGAUGCAGUCUACCGAGUCGACCUUCGGGCGCCAGACCUGGAACCGGAGCAAACCGGCUCACCGCCAAAGGUUGUUCAGAUCCGUCUCACAGAGCAAGCACUCCAGCGGCUGGCCAAUGCAUACUCGAGCUCGUCGAGCAUUCGCAUCGAUGUUGACCCCACGGAUCCCGUCCUUGUCAUCGGUGACACUCAAUUCCCUCUCCAUGCUCCUGUGCCAGCAAACAGUGGUCCGUCUGGCAAAGUUGCCGCCAAUGUAGUCGCAGCAGGCACCUCGACAGCUCCUCAUGAGCUGUACAAGCUCUCAGCAGACGAGUCAACUCUACACCGCAUCGGCACCAUCAGCACCAAGCUCUCGGUCAAACCCACUCGCGAUGUCUCGGCAGUGGCACAGCGUCUCAAGCAGCAGAAGGAGGAAGAGGAACAUCGCAAAGAGGAACGUCGCAGAGCGCUGAUGCAAGGUGCGUCGCCCAACCUGGCUUCAUCCUCAUCAGCUAAGCCUGGCAUCAACAAGACGCUCGCGAACUCUAGAAGCCUCGGCGGCUCUCCAGCUCUCGGUUCCUCCAGUCUAAAUAGAUCUAGCAGCUUGAACAAGCUCUCGAGUCGGAGAGAGCCCGAUCUCUUACACUCUUCCUUGUCACGAGGCAUUAGCUGUGACGCAUCGCCAGCAGCCCGUGCAAGCUCGUCUGCAGCGCCCCAUCCCAAGCCGCAACUCGCUCGUCCCGAGGACAGCGCGGGUACUCGACGGGGGGAGAGAGCUUUCACCGACUCGCCGAAAGUCAACGCAACGACUCCGUCACCGAGCUCGCAUCGUCUGCUCGAACCGAACCACGGGGACAGCGCCAGGCCCAGCCGUAUUGCGCACAGACGCUUGAACCUAGACAUACCCGAAGAGGACGAUCAAAUGCACUCAGGAGCGCUUCACCCAUCACCAGCCUCCGGCACCUCUGACUCUGCUGCAAAGAAGACUACGAAGCUCACCACACGUCAACGUCUGGCUAAAGCCACCAAGGCUGGCAGUCGUCUCCUUGCAGCGUCGGAACGCAAUGCGACCCCCGAGAGACGGACAGCGCCUUCCACUACCACCCAAAAUCCGCCUCCCUCCACGUCUGAGGCCCCGGCACAACGUGCAGCGGCUGAAAGCAGCAGCAAAGCCGAUUUUGCACAGACUGCUCGCUCGCAGCCUCCGCCUCAGAUCAAUGUCAAAGCCGAACCAUCUUCUGCAGCGUCCUCGAUCCAGCAUGAAACACCUGUCGAAGACGACAAAGCCGAACCACUUCAACGCAAGAGGCGGCGCACCGAGGACAUGGCCUCGACCGACUCCGUGCGCGAUCGGAACGAAAGGAGAUCUCGGACGUUUUCUGGACAGCAAACGUCACAUCGAGACGAAAUUGUUGUGCAGCGCAAGGAGGGGGGUCGAGACGGAAGCCACGACCGAACGGAGCCGAAGUCGCCUCGUGACACUCGAGCGUCUCGAAGCAUCCCUGUGUCAGCUUCGAUGCCAUCCAUGGCAUCUGCGACCUCGCGCCUGCCGCCCGUAGAGGAAGGGGUGAGUCGCAACGCUCGAGAUGUUCGCUCAGAGGCCUAUCGUGACAGGCGACGAGAUCGCUCUUACGACGAGCUUCAUCACGAGAAGCACGACUCAGACCGAGCACACGACGACGUAAGGAGAGGUCGACCGGGCAGCGAGCACGCCCGCACCUCGCCACGUGGUCCUGCUCCGCGCUCAGGGUCAGCCGAAGUCGAGCGGCCGAUUAGAGGCGUGGGACCCGGAGCAACGCACUGGUCCGAACCGUGGCUCAACGUCCGUUCCAAGGCAGAUUGGCACCGGCUGGCGCAACGUUUCCGUAAGAUGCAAGAGGAAUACGCGCUCUCUCGGCAGCGACUAGAUGCGGAGAACGAGCGGCUGGAACGGGAGCUCGAGCUGGCGUCUAUGGAAGAGCACAUACAGUCAAGUACGCAGCCCGCAGGCGUUCCCGCGGGAGGGAGCCUCUUGUUUUCCCCUCACACGACCACUGGCGGAGACGUACAGAUGGACAACGUCGAGGUGACCACAGCCAUCAACACCGCGAUCAACUCGCGAACGCGCUCCAACAGCAGGAGCAAGCCGGUGGAAGACGGGGACGAAUCGCCCGAAGAAGGCGAGAUGCGGUCGUCGGACGGUGAAGCGGACGACACUGAUGCGACACGCGACGCUGCCAUCGGGUCGACGAGGAGCGAGUCUCCAGACAACCUUGCCUGGCGAACGAGCUUGGCUAACACGCAUCAUCAGCCUACGACAGAGGUUGCAGAUCGUCCGCUGGGCUUUGCGGAACUGGCGGACCGCGUCAAGCAGCUCGAGGAGCUGCACGGCAGCUUGAGUCGCAUGCAUCGCGUGCUGGUCGAGUUCAAGGCGAAGUGUGCGCCUGUCGCAGUGUGA